GGGAGAUGGGCAUAGUUGGAGAUGCUGCCCAAUUUGUUCGGAGGAGUUCAAAAUUCGGGACAGUGGAUGGCCGCGACAGAGAUUAUCGGUGGCGGAGGAGAGGAAGGAGUCGGAAAUCAACCAUGGAUGCACGUGAAACUCAGGAUCCGGAAAAAGGGUUUCGGGAUUUGGAGAUAUGAGCGAAGAAACAGGACAAGAUGCUCAAUCUCCUCGCCCAGUUCCGAAGCUCAACGAGAGGAUCCUCUCAUCUCUGUCCAGGAGAUCUGUAGCCGCACAUCCAUGGCACGACCUUGAGCUCGGACCUGAAGCACCUUUGAUCGUCAAUGUGGUGGUUGAGAUUACAAAGGGAAGCAAAGUGAAAUAUGAACUUGACAAGAAGACCGGCCUUAUCAAGGUCGACAGGGUCUUGUACUCUUCGGUGGUCUACCCUCACAACUAUGGAUUUAUCCCUCGUACUUUGUGCGAAGACAAUGAUCCUCUCGAUGUUCUUGUCCUAAUGCAGGAACCGGUGCUUCCAGGGUGUUUCCUCCGAGCCAGAGCCAUUGGACUGAUGCCUAUGAUCGACCAGGGAGAGAAAGAUGACAAGAUCAUCGCGGUAUGUGCUGACGAUCCAGAGUACAAACAUUUCACCGACAUCAAACAACUUGCUCCUCACCGCCUCUCUGAAAUCCGCCGCUUCUUCGAAGAUUACAAGAAGAACGAGAACAAGAAGGUGGCAGUGAACGACUUCCUGCCAUCGGAGACAGCUGUAGAAGCCAUCCAAUACUCCAUGGACCUCUACGCCGAAUACAUUCUGCACACCUUGAGGAGGUGAACAAAUUACCGUUUUGCCACUCACAGAUGUUUACAUUCGCUUGCUCUGCUUCGAAUUUCCUUUUUUUAUAUAUCGAAUAUCAUUAUGGUCAUCUAUACUAAUGGGUAUUAACCUUUUUUUGUUAAAUUGCUUCUUUGUAAUCUUGAACUAUGCGAUUGAUAUGUAACCAUUGAUGUUUUGGGCAACUUUUAAGUUGAUUGAUCAAUUGGGCCACUUUGUGGGCUUGGAUGGAUCCAUAGGCCCAUCAA